AGGCAGUUAGACCCUUUCCCUCUCACUGGCAUGAAUGGGAAGGACAGCAAUGCUGCCCAACCCUUGGACAAACUAUUUUCUUUUCUUCUGCAGCAAGAUGCCAAAGACCCCCACUCUUCAGUGGGGCUGAGCUCCAGGUGCCGGGGGCUGUGGAGUGAGUGUGUGUUUGAUAACAUGGCCAACCUCUGGACCUGCGACAUCCCCAUCUCCUACCUCAGCGAGCACUCUGCUGCCCUGGUGAUUACUCGUGCUUUGGUGAUUGUGACUGGCAUUCUGUGCCUUGGUGCGGUGCCCUGUUUAAUCGCAGGAAUGAACUGCACCAAGCUGAUCAGUGACCAGGUCCAUCAGAAAUACAAAUUCUCCCUUGCUGCUGGGACCCUUUUCCUUCUGGGAGGGCUGUCAGGAGCAAUCGCAGUUCUCUGGUAUGCAGUGGACACUGUUCAGAAGUAUAGGCUAGAGGUCAGUCUUGGGAUCCCAGGGGUGACCUAUGAACUGGGCUAUUCAUACUGGAUGGCUGCAGCCGGCACCAUCUGCACCUGUGUGACAGGGAUCCUGCUGAUUGUUGCCAACUGUUCCAGCACCCGGACACCAAGACGGGGGAGGAAACGUCCACGUGCCUGCCUGCCACCUGUCUCCCAGAGGAAAGGCACCUACCUGUGAGGCUGGAGCUGAGCACUUCACUCCCUGCCAGCCAUUGGAGACACAGGCCUUUGCUUCAGUGCAAGAUGCUCUGGAAAACUGAGAUGAAAUUUUGUUUUUGUCAACGUUUACUGUCCCCCCCACCCCCAUUUUAUUUACCAGCUCUACUAUAGGCCAGUGCUGUGAGAAGCCCCUCACUCCCUUGGGAGAGCAGUCACAUGCACGCUGACAUCAAUGGGGCUACAGAGGAAUGAAGGCUUUGCACUCUGGUCCAGAGGGAGGGUAGGAUGGCACUGCAGGAAAUGCAGCACAACCUAACGAUGGUCAGGCAGCUUCACAAAAUAGUUGUAGAAACCGUUAAAGCUGCAAGUCACCUUGGGGGCAGGAGAUCGUCCCGAUGUCUGUGCCUAGCGGUGAAGGCAGGAUCAUUGCAGGGCACCGAGCUCUGGAGAAGCAGGACUAGCCUGGGGACAGAAGGCAAUGCCAGCGACACUGGGUUUCUAUCUGUGCUCAUUUCUCUUUGUGUGUGUGUGUGUGUGUGUGUGUGU